AAGACACAAGCUAUGCACUUUGGGAACAUUUGGACCUAGAAUAUUAGACUGGAUAAUAUCGUAUGAGCGGGGACUGAAAAAUGAAUGUGACUUUUGCAAAUAUGCCUUUUAAAGUUCCUGAUGAGGCUAUUGUGUUCCUCACCAUAGUGGUCAUUCUUCUACUGCUGGUCAUCAUGUUUUUCUUGUACCUAAGUAAAGCGCUAUGCUUCUCAAACUGUGGUGGGUGCCCAUGCAUGGAGGAAGGGAAAAAGCCAAGAGAAAAGAAACAACGCUUAGAGGGAAGUUAUGGUUACGAUGAAGAUGAAUCAUCAUCAGACAGUGAUGAUGAGAUGUUAUUAAAAUACCAGCAGUCCUUGAGUAUCGGUCGACUUUCGCGUCAGCCUAGCGUAAGCGGUUAUAAAAAGAAGUCUGUAGCAGCUGCAUCUCGUGCGCCCUCUGAAAAACAGAUAUGCUUUUUGCACCUUUUGUUUCCUUUCUGCACGUGGUGGAACAUGUUUGACAUUUCGCGUGGAAUGCAUGAGUAUUUGGGAGUUCUGAUGAAGAAUACGCACAAUUUUUUGUAGCAUUUGUAGAGCAUCAUCACGUUUUUCAACAUUUUUGCAUGAAUUUAAUAUUAACUAUUUGAACAAUAGAAGACAAGCAAUUACAUGGUUUAUCAUCAUCAUCAUCAUUGAAGAAUGCCAGAAAAACAAGAGUAUAAAUUAUCCAGAAGAGAAAAAUAUUUAUAAAAUGUUGUGUUUCUUAAAAAUAGGUAUUGUGAUGAUCGAGUGGAAAGCUAUCAUUAAAUGGAGAAGCAAAAAUAUAUAAUGUUUAAAUAUAACAUUUUUAAAAGUAAAAAUAUAAUAUUUGAACACUAUUAAUUAGUAAUAUAUUUAUAAGUCAUGCGUUAUUUAAUGAUUCUUUAUGUUCAUCAAGUAGUAACAUAUGGGAUAAAUAUUGUACUUCUUACAUAAAUGGAGGUAACAAAUAGGCGGAUCCAUUGAGAUGCAUGUUGGGUAAUAAUAUUUAAGUAACGUUUACCUUGUCUCUAAAAUGUCGGUAAUAAGGCAAUGAAAUGAGGCUGCUUAAUAGCCAAUCAAAACUUAAUUGCACCUGCGUUCACAAGUUUCUGCAAUUUUGGCAGCAAAUUACGGAAAAAGCCAAAAGGCAUUUCAUAUAGUUAGCACUCUGAAAGAUUUGAAGACCAACUUCUGUGGUCAGCUAGGCAGUCGCCAGUUUACCAUGUAGUUCCUAGAAUUUUCAGCACAGUUGUUGUUUAUAAUGAUAAAGUUUAUUUUAGCAAGAAUUUUGAUAGGGUUGUAUAUAUGUACUUCAAAACUAUGAAUGAAUUCAUUGUUAUUAUGCAAUAUUAUUAAAACUAAAAAUUAUAAAUACUUUUGUAUACAAAAAAUAUGCCUGCAUUUGAUUCAACAUAGUUUUCAUAAUUCAAGAACAUUUAACAGACAUACUGUACUGUAAAGCUGGAAGUAAAAAUAGUAUUAAUUGUCAUUUUUUAUGUAUAUAUAGUGAGAGUCCGAAUAAUGUGCCAAUGCUCUUGGCCAUUGGAAAAAUUUUGACAAACUUGCAAAAUAAGUGCAGCAAUCCUCCACUCUUUGGGGAAUAUUUCAAGUCCUACUGUAGCGAGCAAGGGAAAUCGGAGCAUGGUCUUUCAUUAAAAUAUGGUAGUUAUAUCAUGGUAGUCACCAUGAAGUGUGCCAGCACCAAUAUGUUGUUAGUGAAAUGUCUGCUGCAAACAGGGGUUUAGCCAGAAAAACGAAAUAGGCUGUCCAAAAUUGAAGCCAGUGGGCGUGGUACUGAGCCAAUAGGCGGGCCAUGCCCAUCUUUGGCAAUCCCCACCAGAUAUUGGUACGAAAACAACGUACAUUCAAUCAAUAAAUGUUGCUUUUAUCAAACUUAAAUUUGAUUUUGCUUUAGUUUAAUACUGUAUAACAUUCGAUAGAUUUGAAGAAUAUAAAGAAUUUGCUAAAGGUAGACCAGGCCCAAUUAGGCUAGGCCAAGCUGAUUAGACCAAGCCGUCCAAGCCGUCACGGUAAAAGUGGCCGUCCUAAAUAAUUGUAGGCCGUCCAAAAGACGACCGGACUACUCGCAGGCUAAGCCUGUGGCUGCAAAUUCAUAGUGAAUAGAAGCAUUUGCACUAUCGAUUGUGUUGGAAACAAACUGAGAAAUAUAUAGUGGAGGUGCAUAAAGCAAAUCAAGAUGGCAGCGGGCGCCCUCCCAUAUCUGCGUAUCUGCAUAAUAUACGUUAAAGAUCUUAAAAAACAAUAUAGUGUUCUGUAUGAUUUGUGCAUGAACAUUCUGUAAUAACGUAGUAUAGGGCACCCUCUCGCAAAAGUGAUUAUUUUUCAACUUUGACAUCAAUGAUCGUUAACUAAAGAUAGUGCAUCUCGCAAUUUCUGCGUAACAACACUGAUAAAAUCUAGGAUGCCCUCUCAAAAAUGAUUACUUUGUAUGCUUCUUUUUACUGACCAUCAACGCUUCUAUUUGUUAUGCGCAAGUCACAAAAAACUCUAUCUUGUAAUUAUAAGAUCUUUGAUAUACAUUAACACACAUAACGAGCAGGCUGUUCUCUCUCCCCUUUCUGUGUGCUUUGCUGAAAGUUGUUGCACAGUGGACCAAACCAUUAAAUUCUAUAUUUUACCAGGUACCUAUUUACAAUUCUGUGUGGAGUGAACCAAACAUUAAAAAGUGCCUUGAACAAAGGUUGGGAAUUGAAUCAUCAAUCUCAAGGUUAGAAGCCUGAACUAAAAGCGAUGCACCAACCACUCCCAUGGCCCUAGAGCUAUGUAAUUGAUAAUUUAAAUAUAUCAAUAUCCAUGUGUCUAACAACUGGUGAUUAUGAGUCUUGAAUUAUAAGUGUCAAAAUAUUAUUAGAGAAAUUAUUGCAACCUAAAUAAUGUAUUACAUAAUUUACUCCAUUUUGAUUGCUGUUAGAAAAUAUAUGGUAGAAAUAUUAUGUGGUGAAAUUUCCAUAAUAUCAAAUAUAUAAAUCAAUUAAAUAUAUUUCAUAUCUUUCCAAAAGAUUUUUUUUAUAAAUAGUAAGUUGUUGAAUAGUAAUUUUCAUUUUUUGAUUUAUAACAUCUACAGGAUUUAUUUUUUUUUGUUAUUAUAAUAUAAGUAUAUACAUCUGCAAAUAUUGAAUACAAUUGUAUUCAUAUUCUUAUAUCCAUCAAUAUCUAUUUGAAGGUUUUCUGAAUUUCAUAUAACAUAUAAGUAUAAUACAUGAAUUUGUUUUGGUGUAGUUGUGGUAGUGAUUAACAAUGUUAUGGUGGAUGGAUGAAUCAAUAUUUGUAUUGAUAUUUACACCUUAUCUUAGUUAGUGUCAAAAUAUAUUCAAAUACAAAGUAUUUUUGUGGUUCAUUACCCAUGGCAAGGAUUUUGACAUUAUACUGGGAGGUAAAAAUCAAUAAUAUCAAUAUAUAGUUUUAGUAGUAUAUUUUUGGAUAUAAUUUUUCCUUCUAAAAUAUAUCUUUUCAAUGCAAUGAUGAAUAUUAAAUUUUCGGUUUUUUUCCAUACUUAAUCAUGUACAGUAUGUGUAUGCAUCAGGACUUCUGAAGGUUGAUUAUUAUUGCAAUUUGUAUGUUAAUUCUUAAUCAUAAUAAAUAAAUUGUGGAUUAUUAUUAUUAUUACCUUCAGAAA